UACAGGAGAACAGUGGCUGACUUGAAGAGUUGUCCUCAUCUUGGGGUGACUACAGUGUGAUUUUCUUUCCCAGAGAUUCCAGCAGUAAUGAGACCUCAAAAGAAGCCAAAGAUGCCUUUGGGAAACUGGGUCAAUAUAAUACCCAGACACUCAGGAGAAGUAUUUGAGGGUCUGAGUGUCCCAGGGGGACAUUCUGGCUCUCAGGAACUCAGAGAAAGGGGACGGUAAGGAAGGUAUUAGCUCUACUCUGCAUUUCUCUGAACCCUCUUCCCUGUGUUUUCCUACAGAGGUUCCUGAUUGCUCCUUCUGCGAGAGAUUUUCUGUUUCGUAGCAUGGCGUGCCCCAACUCAUGCUUGAUCCUGAGCAUGUGCUUGAUGUUCCUGUCUCUGAGCCAAGGUGAGCUCUUUCCACUAUGUCUUCCAACCCUCAAACCCUCACCCCUUCCACACGCACACUGGUCCACAUGCCAAAAGGCAGCUUAAACAGAAGGGAUUUUUAGUGUUGUUUGUUGUUGGUUAUUAUUGCUCUAAUCCCAUUAAUAUAUAUCCUCAUCUCGCAGAGUUUGAGGGGGUAUUUAAAAUUAUUCUUUGUCCUUAAAAUCUAAGGUUGAAAGUAUUCAUGUAAUUAAAUCUAGGCUUCCUUCCAGGUUUAGGGAGGGGAGUACACAGGUCAGUAAUCUGAUGGAGAACUGAGGAGAGUUUUGUGUGCAUGAGAAACCAAAGGAAGCUUGAGAAAGGCAGAAGCUUGAGCCUUAAAAGAUGGGGAAGGGCCCAGAAAGGGGAAGAGAAACAUGGAACAAAUUUCACUUCCUAAUUUAUUGGGUGGGCUCAUCUCAAACAAAGGAAGCAUAAGAAAGAAGAGCAAAGUGGCAGGAAGGCAGAAGUAAGCAAUCAUUCCAUGUCCAUCCUGCAUCUGUAUGGUCUUAUAAUGGAAUUUCAUUGGCUGCUGCCUCAUCUUCCAGUCUUCCCCCUGUCUGUGACUCUCUUCAACUGUCCUUUCUCAGGCAAGGAGGCCCAGAUGGAGAAGUCAUCUGUCCGGAUCAGCUGCCCAGAAGGUGCUAAUGCCUAUGGCUCCUACUGCUACUAUUUUAACGAAGACCGUGAGACCUGGACUGAUGCAGAUGUGCGUGAGAGGAGCAGUAUGGAAACGCUUCUGGAUGGCACGUGGGCAUACAAGCAACUGUUACUUUCCAGUGCCCUCAGUGGUUUCAGCAAGACGGGCUUUAUUGCCUUCUCAUCCUAUAAUGAGGAGGCCCUUCCCUUCCACGUUGUUCUUUCAUUCUGCACAAUCACAGCACAGAUCAUAGUAGUUAGCGACAGUCUCUUCAGGAAUCUUCCCUUAGCUGUCCACUUCUUAACCCAAUCAAUGGAGAUAUUGGUAUAUCCUUCUGACUACCUCAUCCAUUCAGUACUGAUAUUUUCUUUUCCCCUGGGCAGCUCUUCUGCCAGAACAUGCAUUCAGGACAUCUGGUGUCUAUGAUCAACCAGGCUGAGGCCACUUUUGUUGCUUCCCUGAUCAAGGAGAGCAGGGCUGAUGACCCCUAUGUCUGGGUUGGCCUCCAUGACCCCAAAAAGAAUCGCCGCUGGCACUGGAGCAGUGGAUCCCUGGUCUCCUACAAAGCCUGGGCUAUUGGAGCCCCAAGCAAAGCCAACCCUGGCUACUGUGUGAGCCUGACUUCUAACUCAGGAUUCCAGAAAUGGAAGGAUGAGAACUGUGAUGCGCAGUUCUCCUUUGUCUGCAAGUUCAAAAACUAGAGGCUGCUGGAAAGGGAAGUCUAGAACUGUCCCCGUAAUUAUUAUGGAGUCAAAAAUCAAACUGGAGCAUCUUUCCAUCUCCAGACUGAAUCCUUUCCACUUCUUGCUGAAUUUCAAUCUCUACUCUCAAGACCUACACCCACCCCAGUCCCUGGAGUACUAAACAAUGAGAAUAAACAUGUUUCCGUAUUGUUCUGUCUCCUGCAUUCAUUAUUUGUCUGAGCAUUUGGGGUGGGAAUGAUUGUACAGUUUUGGAGCCUGUAUGGCCCUGCCACUUUUAAAGACUCCAUCUACACGUCAUGCAUGUUGGACUCCAGGAUUUAUGAACAUGCGGUGCACUUACUAUUGACAAGUUAAGAAGAUAUAGACUUCACCUCCAAUCCAAAUAUUCACAUGGAACCAAUGUGAGUUACAGAAAUUAUUAGAUCAUUGGUGUUGAGAUGGGUGGGUGUUUGAUACUCUGGAGGGUUUCACAUAUCUGAGAUCUGAAAAGGGCGUAUGUACUCAGUCAUGCAAUUGGAAGCAAUGGUUGGGAAGUGUUAGUUUAGGGAGCUUUGUCUUGUCUGGGGUACUGAGUAGAUGAAUGGAGGAGUGAUUAGAGGCUUAGAGGCCAGCAAACUCAUUAUGUGGCAUUCUUUGAAUAAAUAAAUAAAUAAUAAAUUAAAAUCAAUAAGAUAUACAAGCAUAAACUGCAACUAUCAUAGAGCUUUAUUUACCUAAGUCAAGUAAAUUACCACAUGUAUUACGUGUUCCAUAUUUUUUCAUUCGUACCAAGGUCAAUCCUUCAGUCAUCUGUAUUCAGGACUUAGAGUGAUGGUGGACGUCGUGGUGGAGGAAGCUGGUUUGAUAUUCAUUCUGAAGGGACCUAGGAAAUAUUACAUAACACUUUGUUCUCAGUUUUCUCAUCUGUAAAAUGUGGAUAAUAAUAAUAGUGUCUCACGGAAUAAUGAGGAUGAAACUAGUUAAGGCCAAAAAAGCAUGUAUUUCACUUUGUGGCACUUACUGUUACAGAUGUGUAUUUGCCAAACAAAAUAUCAAUUAAUGUUUUGUGUUUUCCAAUUUUAUACGAAUGGAACCAUACUGUAGGUUUUAUUUUCAGCUUUUUAUUCGUCCUUAACAUUUGGUUUUUCAAUUCCUCUGUUUUUAUGCCAUUCUGACUCAUUUCCACCAACAUGUAGUAUUUUAUUUGAGAAUAAUCAAUUCUGCUAUCAGUGAUAAGAGAAACAAAUGAAAUUGAUGAAGCUAACACAAAAAACACUGUAAAGUAAACAAGUAACUUGUGAGAUGCAGAUGGAACUCACAGGAUAGUUUUACUACAGAAAAUAAGCAAGUAGCUGUGAGACAUCUGCAGAAUGCCUAACAUGUUAAACAUAGACAGAAAACAUGUUAUAAACCCACACAUGAAGGAUCCCAAAACACCCACUGCCGUCGACGAGAUAAAUGGAAUAUACUAUAGAACAAAGAGCCUCAUAUAGAUGCAUCAGGUGUUUUCUUUGCCUUGCAGAUUUUUCCAUGUAUUUACUUUCUGUGUGCUCAUGAUUUGUUUGUCUCUUAUUAAUAACUUACAGAUAGAUUAUGUUGUGGUAAUCCAGUAUGAAAAUUGUUAUAACUGGAAGAUUUUAUUUCUUUAUUAUUAUAAAUGAUACAAAUGAAUAUAAGGAAUGUAGCUGAUACAAAUGAGUAAUAUAAAUGAAUGAAUGGAUACAAAUGAUACAAAUUCCUUAUCAUCAUAUUUGUGUUCUUUUAAUUGGUUCCCCCUUUUCUUUUUGGUUUUUCCAAAUUCUUACUUUCAUUUGGAUAUAUUAAAUUUUGUCUGACUCAUUCCAUUUUUUCUGUCUAUGAGAUAGUAAG